AUUAUUACCUCGGAUGCAGUGAUAAAUUUUUUUUUCUUUGUUUUUUCGAUAAUGUUGUUUUGUUGUUGUCGUUUUUUGUAACUAUUUUUUUUUUAUAAAUAAAAUUUUCAAAAUAAAAAAAUGAAUUUUUCCGGUGAUAAUUUCUAUUGUGACAAUGACCGUUAUGAACGUUCGAAAAUUGAUAAACUUCGUUUCGAACGUGAAGAAAUACAAGCAAAAACAUAUAAAAAUUGGAUCAAUUCAAUACUGAUACAAGGUCGUACCAAUAUUGAUAAUAUUUAUACGGAUUUUAAUGAUGGUGAAAAAUUAAUCAUACUAUUAAGACUUUUAACCGGUGAAAAUGUUGGUACAAUUAAUAAAAGUUCAUCAUUACUUCAUAAAAUUGCUAAUGUUAGUCAAUGUCUUCGAUUUAUUCGAAACAAGAAUGUAUAUCUUGAAAGUAUUGGACCAGAUGAUAUUGUUAAUGGAAAUAAAACAUUAACUUUAGGCUUGAUAUGGACAUUGAUUCUUCGUUUUCAACUUAGUAGACAUCUUGAUUUUGAACAAUAUGAUUUGAAAACAAUUAAAGAAUCACUACUAUUAUGGUGCUGUAAUCGUAUUAAACAUUUAGAUUUCGUUGAAAUUAAUGAUUUUCAUCAAAGCUGGCAAAAUGGUUGGGCAUUCAUUGCAUUAGUACAUAGUUUUCGUCCUGAAUCAUUGGAUAUUAAUACAUUACGACAAAUGGAAAGCAGAGAAUUAUUAGCUAUUGCAUUUGAUACUGGUUAUCAACAAUUGUUGAUACCAAAAAUUUUAGAUAUCGAUGAUGUUAUCAAUAAACCAGACGAAAAUUCAAUAUUGACUUAUGUAUCAUUUUACUAUAAUCUACAUAGCAGGACUAAAAACUCAGAAACAAAUAUUAAACGUAUACAAUAUUUAUUAACAAAUAUUAGUGAUGUUGACAAUAUGCAAGAUUCAUAUAAACAAAUUUGCCAUACCUUAUUGGAAUGGAUUACGGCCAAAUCAUUAUUGUUUGAACAGGAUGUCCCAAUGGAUCAUGCACAAGAUGAAAUGUUUGAAUUUAAUCAAUAUUUUUUCAAUGAACGUUUUGAAAAAUUAAAUUGUCGAAAUCAUUGUGAAACAUUAUAUUUUGAAAUAAUAAGUAUGCAGAAAAAAGCUGGUAUAAAAAUAUUUCGACCAGAAAAUGGUUUGAAAGUAAAAGAUUUGGAAAAAGCAUGGCUAAAUUUAGAAAUCAAAGAAACCAGACGGCUUUCAAAACUUAAAAAUCUUAUUAAUCAAAAACAAAAAAUCUGUCAACAAAUUCAAUUGUUUGAUUUGAAAAGUGAAAAAUUUGAAAAUUAUAUUUGUUCAAAAUUGAAAUUAUUGAACAAAAUAUUUAUGAUUGAAAAAUCAUCGUUGCAGAAUCUUGAACAACAUUUACAACAAUCCGAAGCAAUUUGUUUGGAUAUUAUUCAUGAUAAUAAUAAUAUGAAAUUUGAUUCAUUAAUAUCAUUGGCAAAUGAAUUGAUUGAGCAACAGCAAUCCGAUGAUACAAAAUUUUAUAGCCAAUAUUUAAAUCAUAUUGAUGAAAAAUUAAAACGUUUACAGGAACUUGCAUCGUCUAAUUUGACAACAAUUGAAUUAACCAGGCAUUUAUUCGUUGAUCUUUCCUGUAUUGAAAACAUUGUUAAUGAAUCGAAUGAUCUUUAUGGACAAAUCAAUACAAUAAUCGUCGAUAUACAGUCGAAUAAUUCAAUACAAUCGAUUAUGUUAAAUUUAGAAAAAUUGAAAUAUUUAGAAAUUUAUUUAAUUGUAUUGGAAAAAGAUUAUAUUGAAUCGAAAAGAAAAUUUGAUUCAAUACGUUUGGAUGAUAAAUAUCGAUUUUGUUUCAUUAUAUUGGAUAUCGAUGAUUUUGAAAAGAAAUUGAACGAUUCAAAAUUGAAUAUUGUCGCUUGUCGUGAUUUGAUUGAAAAACUUAAGAGAAUUUCUGAAUAUAAAAUUCAAUUGAAUAAAUUCUAUACAAAUGUUGAAUAUUUAUGGCAAUUUUUGAAUGAAAAAAUACUCAUCACACAAUCGAAUCCAAAUGAUUGUUUAAAUUUUUCUCAAUUACAUUUCAUACAACGAAGAAAUAAUAUUAUAAAACUUGAAUUAAAAGUUAUGGAACGUGAAUUAUAUGAUACCUGUAAACAAGGUUAUUUGAUUAUUGAUUCACAACACGAACAUAAAGAUAAUAAUUUCAUCAACGAAUCGAUCGAAGAGAAAAUUGAAAAAAUUAAAACGGAUUUUAAAAAUUUCAUCGUAACUAUUAAUGAACGAACAUUAUUGAUUAAUGAUUGUUUACAAUUAUAUCAAUUGAUUGAUGAAUUACGACAACAUAAAAAACUUAUUGAAAAUCUUAAUGAAAAUUUUUUGAAAAAUAUUCAAGAAAAAAUUGAUUUAUAUCAAAAUGAUUUAUUAUAUCUUGGUGAAAUUUUGGAUAAACUUGGCCAACUUUCAAUACGAAUCGAAAGGUUUGAUCCAAAUCAAUCAAAUCAAUAUAUUGUUUAUUUAAAAAAUUAUCAAUUAGAUCGGAAUCGAUUAGAAUCAUUACAUUAUUAUCUUAUUAUUGAAUUGAAUUUCCCGGAUAUUAAUUUGAAUAAAUUUCGUACCAUUCAUUUGAAUUUAUUUGAAUUGAUUCGCGAUAGAAUUGAUCAUAUUAAACAAUUAAUAUCGAUAACGAGAUCAGAUUUUAAUCUGCGAAAAUUAAAACAAAUGUUGAGUGUAAAAAUUGACGAAAAUGACGGUGAUGAUAUUAUUGAAUCGAAUCCAGCAGCCAUUUCGAAUACAUCAUCGGUUGCCGAAAUUGAUUUAAUUUUUCAAUUAUUUUUCGAACAAUAUGAACCAUCAUCGUAUGAAUUGGAAGAUUCAUUGAAUGAACGUAAUCAUUUUGUUGUCAAUGAUUUUCAUAAUAUGAAUCGAUUAUCAAAUUUAAUUAAACAAACAAUGAAAUUGAUAAAAUCCGCUCAAGAUAUUGUUGAUUUAUGUCAAAUAGAAAAUCGAUCGGAUAUUGUUCAGGAAGAACGUUUAGUUUCGGAUGAAAUGAGCGAAAAUAUUAGUGAAAAUAAUGAGCAUGAACAACAACAAUUUCCUGUUGCUAUCGAAGAUCAUUCUGAAUCGAUCCAAUUGGUCAAUAUUGUUGAAAUAGAAAAUGAUGAUGAUGAUGAUGAUGAUAAAAUUCCUUCGAUUGAAAUUGAAAUCGAAUCUGAAGAAGAACAAAAACAUCGAAAAUUAAAUUUUUUAACAAAAAUAUUGAAAAAUAAUGUUAAAAGAAUUGAAAUCUAUAUUAUUGAACAUCCAGAAGAUGAUAAUAAUAGUGUUGAAAUGAUUCAAAAAUUAUCAAAUGAAUUGAAAAAAUGUUCGCUGGAAAUUGAUAGAUAUCAAACAUUAUCAACAUUUAAAGAUUUAAUUGAUGAUUUUUAUCUUAAUAUUAAUAAUCAUUUUGAUUCAUUGAAAUGUAUCAAUGUUAUUGAUUUAAAUGAAUUGAAUAAUGAACAAUAUUUACGUAAUGAUUUACGAACAAUUGAAUCGAUUGAAUGUUCAUAUGGUUAUUAUAAAGAUUUAUUUGAUGAAUUUCAACAAUUGAAUAACGAUUCCGAUGAACAAUGGCAAAAAUAUAUUGUUGAUUUGACAUUAAUAUUUGAAAAAUUUGAUAAUACUAUUCAAUUGACUAAAGAAUUUUUGAAUAAACAUUGGAAAUGUUUACAAGAAAAGAAGAAAAAAAUUCGAUUAGAAUCAUUUAUGAAACGUUUAUAUCGAAUUGAAAAUAAACAACCGAAUCCAAGAAUCGAUAAUGACGAAAUGGUUAAAGUUGAAAAUUCUUCUACAGCUAUCGAUGAAUGUCCUAUUCAGAAUGAUUUAAAAGAUCGAAAAGAUUCACCGGUGGAUACAUCAUUAGAAGAUUUGAUUCGUGAAAUUGAAAUCAUUUUGUUUGAUGUGAAUUGUGGUAUAAAUAUGCAUCGAUAUAAAUCCGAACAAAUUGAUACAUUAUUGAUGGAAGCCCAACGAUUGACUGAUGAUGAAAAAAUAUUAAAUAAACUACAAUCAUAUAAAAAACAAAUGAAUAUUAUUAUCAGAAAACAAAUGGAUUGUUUAGAAUUGGAAAAUUUUCAAUCAACAUCGGAAUAUUUUCAAACAUGUUUAAAACAAGAUCUUUAUUUGAUAGAAAUUGAUUUGAAUAGAAAAUCGCUUGAAUCAACCGAUUUGAUUAUUGAACCAAUUCGACCUUCUUCAUCAUCGAAAAUCAUCAAGCGGAUUAUCAAUAAAAAACCUAAAAAGAUUGCUGAAAUUAAGAAAACAACAUUUACCAAUCAGUUGAAAUCCGAAACAAGUUCAAUUUCAAGUGAAGAUAUUAUAAAUAAUAAUUAUUGUAAAGAUUUUGAUGAUAUAACUGAGCAGAUUAUAAAAUCUACAACAAUUUUACAUGAAAACGAAGAUGAUGAUGAAGAUAAUAUAACAAAAAUUUAUGAAGUAUGCAUUGAAUUAGUGAAACCCGAUGAAGAUGAUGAAAAACAGGAUGAUAGAAUUACAGCUGUAUCGGAGAUGUAA